CGCCAUCACUUUUUAAAGGGCAGAGUUGCAUUAACUCCCAGGCUGAGGGGGAGUCACCUGAGCUAUUACUUUGGAUUGGACUCUAGCAAAUACCCCCACCCCACAGAAGGAAAAAUCGCCUGGAACAUAGAUGUAAUCGUUUUGUACUUCGCUGGAAAGAACUUGCACUUUGAAAGUCUGUAAUACUGAAGCGGAAGCCUGCAAUUGCAAGAAGGACGUGCUGUAAUUUUCCAUGGUCCAAAAUCUCAUUGUUUUUUUAGGAAGGAUAUUCAUUUGAGCCACAACAACCCCAAUCUUCACACUUUUCCAUCUCACUGGUUACUGCUGUCUUGAAGGUUUUUUGGAGUUCUGCGGAGGGAAAAAAAAUACUCUGGAAAAAAGACGACUCGUCACUGAAGCAGCUAUGCAGCUUGAAAUUCAAGUAGCACUCAACUUUAUUAUUUCCUAUUUAUACAACAAACUCCCCCGACGACGUGUGAACAUCUUUGGCGAAGAGCUCGAGAGCCAGCUGAGGAAAAAAUAUGAAGGCCACUGGUAUCCAGAUAAGCCAUACAAGGGUUCGGGGUACAGGUGCAUCCACGUAGGAGAGAAGGUGGACCCCGUGGUGGAGCAGGCAGCCAAAGAGAGCGGGCUGGACAUUGAAGAUGUCCGGAAUAAUCUCCCUCAGGACCUUAGCGUGUGGAUUGACCCGUUUGAGGUUUCCUACCAGAUUGGCGAGAAGGGACCAGUCAAGGUGCUUUAUGUAGAUGACAACGGCGAGAAUGGCUCCGAGCUGGACAAGGAGAUCAAGAACAGCUUUAAUCCCGAGGCCCAGGUCUUUAUGCCAAUCACUGACCCCGUUGGGCCUUCCUCGGAGUCCAGCUCCCCCUCGCCUCCUUUUGGGCAGUCGGCUGCCGUCAGCCCCUCUUUCAUGCCACGCUCGACCCAACCCCUGACCUUCACCACUGCCACCUUUGCCGCCACCAAAUUCGGAUCCACCAAGAUGAAGAGCAGCGGGCGCGGCAGCAACGCCACCAGCGGGAGUAGCAACAAGGUGGCUCGCUCGUCUCCCAUCAGCAACCUGGGUUUGAAUGUCAACACCCUCCUUAAGCAAAAAGCCAUCUCCACCUCCAUGCACUCGGUGUACGGUCUGGGGCAGCAACAGCAGCAGCAGCAACAGCAGAAAGCCACUGCUCUCUCCCCCAAUGCCAAGGAGUUUGUGUUCCCCAAUCUCCAGAGUCAGGCCAGCCCUGGAGCUGUGUUCCCCGGCGAGGGCUCCCUGGGGCUUGGACCUCUGCCGUACAACAAUGCCUUUGACGUGUUCACAGCCUACGGAAGCCUCAACGACAAGUCCCUCAUGGACGGCCUCAACUUCAGUCUGAGCAACAUGCAGUAUUCUAACCAGCAAUUCCAGCCUGUCAUGGCUAACUAAACUCAUCAGAUGUUUAUUUAUGAAUGACGGUGGCUUGAAAGAAGGAAAAGCGAAAUGCACACUUUAGAACUUGGACUGAUAGCGUCUGGUCCAUCAAGUGCAUGUGCCCAAGGGUGGUGGUGUUUUUUUUUUUUUAUUUUUACUGGAACCCCUUGCAUUUGUUUCAACUAAAAAAGCUUGUUGUACAAACACACCCAAGCUUGGUUACUUUGAUUCAACAUCCGUUUUCUUUUUCCCAUUUUGCCAACCAAGCACAAGGUGUUUUUUGUUUGUUUGUUUGUUUGUUUUUUACUGCAUUGAAGAAAAUACUCCAAAAAUGAAGAAUUAAUGAGGCAAGGGGCAGGGGGACACACAAACUUCACGUUUUGGCCUCUUACAGUAUUUUACAAGUGGUAAGAAAAGGCUUUUUUUUAAUGAAUUGGCACUACUAAGUGGGGUUACUUGGUCUUUUUCUAAUGGUAUAAUUUAAUUUAGUACAGAGUUUGUAAGAUACCAGAGUAUAUAUUGUUUCUAUGACAUGGUGUUGCAUUUAUAUCUUUUUACUACUCCAGUGAUCUGUGAUGGCUGCAGCAGCUUUUCCUUAUUUUUCUUUAUUUUUUUUUUUUUUAAAGAUAAUUGUUAAAUAAAUCCAUCUUUAAAAAAAAAAACAGAUAUUCUAAAGAUUGUGUACAGAGUAUUCCUUUAGUGGUGGAACUCAAGUGUAAGAAUAUUCGCUCUUUCUGAAAGAUGAACUGUAUUUUCUGUUAAGAAGUUAAAGAUUUUGCUAUACUAUGGACAACAAAUGUAAUCGUAUGAAUAUUAAUUUUGUACCUACAUUGUGCAAUACUUGAUAAAAAAAAUACGGCAUAACAAAGUAUUUUGAGUCAGUGUCUUACAUGUCAAGAGGGACUGAAAUAGUUUAUAUUGUUAAGUUUGUAUUAAAUGCUUAAAAAUGAUAUGCUUGUCUUUAUUUUUUAAUUUCAUAUUUGCACCCUGGUCUUUUUAAUAAAAUAAACUCCAGUUGAAGAUGACCUUGUUGAAUGUGGACUUAUUCU